AAAUCGUGGGAGACCUGGAAAGCGUGAAGGAUCGGAAGGAGGGGGGAUGCAAAAGCCAGAUUUUUAUUGGAAGCAGUUGAAGUGGUUGCUAUGAGACCCGCUUGAGCGGAGGACCAGCAGCCAGCCCGACGCUGAUGGUUCUUACCUCGUACUAACCUUUCUUUUGACACAGUUUUAGAGUUGCUUACUAUCUGAGCAAGCACCUGACACGGGCGACUUUUUGCUUGUCUUUUUCCUCCGGUCCCUCGGGUAAGAUGGAGGUAGGAAACGAAGCCAGCUGCUCCCCCAGCAGCGCAUCAGGCGGGUCCCGAGAGCACAAGGUGGUAAUGCUGGGAGCAGGGGGAGUUGGUAAAAGCGCAAUGACAAUGCAGUUUAUUAGUCAUCAGUUCCCUGAUUAUCAUGACCCCACUAUUGAUGCUUAUAAGACCCAAGUUAGGAUUGACAAUGAGCCAGCCUAUUUGGACAUCUUGGAUACUGCUGGCCAGGCAGAAUUCACAGCCAUGCGGGAGCAGUACAUGCGAGGCGGGGAGGGGUUCAUCAUCUGCUACUCUGUCACUGACCGCCAGUCAUUCCAGGAAGCUGCCAAGUUUAAAGAGCUAAUUUUUCAGGUUCGCCACACCUAUGAAAUCCCCCUGGUACUGGUGGGUAACAAAAUUGACCUGGAACAGUUCCGUCAGGUCUCCACAGAAGAAGGCUUGAAUCUGGCCCGAGAAUAUGCCUGUGCUUUUUUUGAGACCUCUGCAGCCCUCAGAUUCUGUAUUGAUGAUGCCUUUCAUGGUUUAGUGAGGGAAAUUCGCAAGAAGGAGUCUGUGCCAUCUUUGAUGGAAAAGAAACUGAAGAGAAAAGACAGCCUGUGGAAGAAGUUAAAAGGCUCAUUGAAGAAGAAGAGAGAAAAUAUGACAUGAUAUCCUUGCUUCUAACUCCCUUUCUCUCUCUGAAUUUUUUCAGUUGGACAGUUCUGCAGUUGCAAUCAGCUUCAAUAUUCUGUCUGUCUCUUUAAAUAUCUACCUAUAGCUAAAACCAGGAUCUGCAUAACUGUACCUCUUGAGAUAGUUUUGUUUUGUCCUUAACAGUUGGAUGGAUUUUGUCAAUCAGUUGGAUAUGCUGUUUAAGUUUUUACAGUAUAUUACUAAAUAAAAUUGACAUUCCAAUUGCCUCAUUUCCCUUUAAAGAGUCUAGCUUCAUUUGGUAUGCUGUCUGGUUAUAGAGGAAAUAUUCAAAAUUGCAGACAGAAUGAUAAAAGGCUCAGGGGAUCUGCCUUUGCUGAUAAGACUUUGGCUGUUUGCAUUUCAGGAAACUCAGUAAAUAAUGAAGCAGCUCAGGAAACAAUUCAGAGCAGGACUCUGCAGCCUAGUCUUUCCUUAAGUGUAGACGUGGUGGCGCUGAAGAUGAAGCUUAGUGGAACUAUUAAUAAUAGGAACUGGUUAUGGGUCAUUGGAGAUCUGAAACAAAAUAUCCCCAUAUUUACAGAGCACUGCCCUGUUAGGCUUUGGCGAAACUCUCAUAAUGCACUCAGUGGGCUGUGGCAAAGCAGAAAGAGCUUUUGUAGCAGGAAGAGAGAGGCUAAUAUGAAUUUGGUCGUUCAGAUACUCAUAAAAGGCCACAUUUAAAUUCUCCCUCUCUGGGAGAGUCCCUCUGAGGACUGAUUCACCUGCAUUAGGACCAUCUGCAGGGUAAAAAGCAUGUUGACUCCAGAGACCCUACAUUCUCCUUACAUUACCAAAAUGCCCUAUGUCUUCCUACUUACUACUCUGACCAAACACCACCAGUUAGAGGGCUCAUUUUCUUUGUUUUACAAUGAAUGACUCAUCUUCUAAAAUGAAAUUGUCCAUUCAUUCAUUUAUCCCACUGUAUGAAUGGUUUAUUCAAAUUCAAGCUCAGAAAGCACCCUACCAGAAAAAAAAAAAACAAAAAGAGUUCUGACUGUCAAUAGACAAGUGUUAAAAGGAAAACCGUAAAGAAUAGAUAGCCAAACAUGAGAUGGAAUCUAUCACACCAGUUUUCAUGGGUUGGAAGAAAUAUUUGCAUAAAUUAGAGAAAUGGGAGGAUGAAGGGCAAAGUUACCAAUUUACAUGCACUUAGUCUUUUAUUCACAAUGCCCCUGGCACUUGCUAAAUCCCUGAAAAGGCAGGAAUGAAUCAAGGUAGUUUAACAUCUAGUUGGAAGACUCACUUGGCUGAAGAACAACAGGAUUAUAGAUUACUGGAUAAGAAGACACAUUUUACA